AUCAUUAGAGGUACACACUGACUAAAGGAGAGGGAGAGGAGGGACUGAACACACUGUUGUGUUAGUAAACGAGUAUUAGGUGUGAAGUUCAGAGGAGAACAUGCAUUCUCUUGCUUUAUGCAUUUGAAAAACAGAAGCCUGCAUAAACAACAUUUAACUGUAUUGAGAAAAAAAAUGCAACCAGACGGAGAAUCUUACCUGCAUGUGCGCAUCUUUCCUCCUCGACUGCCUGUCAGAUUCGUCAACUUGCCCCCCCAACACACACAUGCAGCGGAGAAAAUGUCAGAGAGAAGCAAGGGGAGGGGGUCUGACAUAAAUUUUCAAAGAUGCAAUUUCAAAAGAGAAUAUUAAACUCCACCGUCCCAUUCUCCCAUUUGGCCCAAAGUGAUAUCAAAGGUUUCAACUGCCUAAGCUCCAUUCCAGCCUCCCUCACAGAGAGUAAAGGAGGAGAGGUUGACAAAAUGGAUCCGUUGACCAAUCCCUUCCUGUGGAAGGUCAUCUGUCAGGGAACUGCCAAACAUGUGGACACAUCCUGGACACAUGGGAUGGAGAAACAAUCCAUUAUUGCCCAGGCAGAGUGUGAGUCCCAGGAUUCACAGGAGUUCUGCCCCAAUGGCAGCCACAAAAAUGGCCCACAUAUUAGAGGGUUCACCUCAUCCCUUCUUGGCUCCGUCUCCUGCAGUCGGGCCAGAAAGAAGCGGCGUAAGAGACAGAGGUGGCAGAUACAGGGAGAGAAGGAAAACCAGCAAAGAGACAGAACACGCACUGGAGUGCCAGAACAGGACAGCGGAGAGUGCCUUUCAUCCCUUAAUCAGGUUAGAGACCAAGUGUGCAUCAGCAGUAGCAGUACAUACAGCAGCAGUGCCCUUAGCACGGAGAGGGUGUCCGUGCAGGAAACAGAAGGCCCAUCGUACUCGUAUCAGUGGGAGCCCCGACGGACCUCCUUAUCGAGAAUCUCCUCCUGCCAGAGCUAUGCCCAUGAGAGCCAAGAGCUGAAGUCUCCACUGAGAAGUGAGAAAGAAUGUCCCCUGGCUGUGACGGCCCUGAGGGACUACGUUACUACAGAAGAUCGCUGCUUUGUAUACAGCUUUAUCAAAGAUGUGGUGAAGGAGGAGAAAGAGAGGGAUGAGGACGAGAGACAGGAGAGCGACAAGAAUGAAGGGAUCCUGUUUAAAGAGGGGCUACAAACGGUGAACUAUGAGUACAGAGAGGGACGGGAGUAUGAACGCAGUAAAUUUCUAAAGCAGGGCUCCUUUGGAGAGGUCUACAGCAUCAAAGACAAAGGCACCGGUUUCAUGUGUGCUGCCAAAAAGGUGCCGUUAGUGAGUUUCAGCAGUGAGGAGGUGGGCUCGUGGAGUGCCCUGCAGUCUCCUCAGGUGGUGGAACUCUUUGGAGUGGUACGUGAAGGUCCAUUCAUCAUCCUCUUCAUGGACCUCAAAUCCAGUUCUCUCGGGCAGCUAGUGGAGGAGAGAGGCCGUCUUCCAGAGGAUCUUUCCCUGCACUACCUUCAGCAGGUGCUGGGAGCACUAGACCACCUGCAUAAGAAGCGCGUUCUUCAUCUGGACAUCAAAGCCGAUAAUGUUUUAUUAUCAGAGGAUGGAAAAGAGGCAUUCCUUUGUGACUUUGGACAGUCAGAGAGAUUAGAUAAACAAGGACUUAGUUUUUGUCAAGGACUGAAAGGCACAGAGACUCAUAUGGCACCCGAGGUGGUGCUCAAUGAACCCCGUUCUUCAAAAGCAGACAUCUGGAGUAGCUGCUGUAUGCUUCUGCACAUGCUCAACGGCUGUCAUCCAUGGACCCGCUAUUAUUCCCGUCCACUCUGCCUCAAGAUAGCUAAAGAGCCACCACCACUGAGGGAUAUACCAUGUGACUGCAGCUCCCAUACUGCUGAUGUCAUAAAAGCAGGACUUCAGAAAGAGCCAAUCAAACGAGCCUCCGCCAAAGAUCUCAUUGUUAAAACGGCGAAAGCACUUCAAGAAGUCGGGGGACUCCACAGCUCUGCAAGAGGAGGAACCUAUCAGAAACCACUGGCGAAGCCAGAUAGACCUGACCCCGCCCAAUUGACCACACCUACUACAUCCCACUACACUACCUCCUCCCAUAGCUCUCAGAUGCAGCGGAUGCACUUAGAGCAAAAGAGGAGAGAUGCUGGUGAGGAAGACAAUGAGAAACCAGUGGAGAAACAGUGGAAACAGACAGAAGAUGAGAGAAGAGAUGAGGGCCACUCUCCUCCAGAGACACUGCUCCAUAUUCAAGCCACUCCACCUGACCCACGAAUAAUCAGCAAGACUGAGCCAGAACCCACAGUGCCUGAGCAAGAGCUAUGGAGACUGGAGAGAGAUUUCUUCCUGAGCAGCCUUUCCCAGCCUCAUUCUGCUGAGCUACAGGAGCAGCUGCUCUCUUGCCUUGGUAGCGACUGCCUCUCCACUAGAGAAUACUGGGACAAGAAGGAUUCAGGACGUUGGUCAGUUGGCCCUGGAGAUGAUCUCAGCUCGGGCGUGUUUUCUUACAACAGCCAACAAGAUGGCCAGAGUUUCAGCAGGGACUGGCUCGUCCCUGCGCAUCAGCCUCCUCCCCGGUGCUUUGAGGGGGUGGAUGUUUACAUCAGGGACUUCGAUGGGAAAUGCUUUCAUAUUCGGGAGACGCCCAGGGUGAAAGUAGGCCACAUUGCAAGAGGAAUCAGCGAUCAGAUCUCAGAGAGCGUCUUCAGCCUGCAAACAGAGGAUGGUUGCUUGGUGGCCCAUGACAAAGAGGUUCAGGAAAAAAGCCUCUUCUUGCGUUGUGUCCCUGCUCCUAACAGCAUCCAUUAUCAUCAGUACAGGAACAACCCCUGCUGCACGCUUGCCCCAGACUGUGAACACAGCUCUUGCUGCAAAAUGUCAUGGAGCUGGAGGAUCAGAGAGGGGGUGCUGGAGACCAUAGACUGAUCUCUUUAGUCCCAGAUCAAUUUCUAUAAACUCCUUUUUCCUGUCUUAGAUGACUUGGAAUUCUUAAGAUACAUUUUUGUCUUUAGUUUAUCUUGUGCCAUCUAUGUCUGCAUCCAUCUGUCAGAAAUGUUUUGAGCCAUUGUCAUAUUAUCAGUUUACAUUCUUACUAUUUUAAAGUUAAGAGAAACUGUUCUUGCCUCCUUGUGUUGUUAACAUUAUCAUGAGCCUUCAUGAAGUAAUUUUAUGCUUCAUAGCAAAAUACAUUUUAAGGUUUUUGAUCAAUCAAGUAUAUGCCUUAACCCAAAGAAUAUAUGAAUUAGUUUAUGUCAGAACAGUCUACCUGUGGAACAUACGUAGAUGCAUAUCCAGGUGCCUGAAAUUGUUUUUAGGAAGAAAAGAAGAAAGUUUUAGCUGUAUUUUUAAGAUUUAGAUUUUUAAAUGUUUUAUCUUUUUGUAUUAAUAAAUGAAACAUAUUUUUUUGAUGUU